AUGUGUCAAAAGCUGUGCGCCCCGAUAAGCGACGCUUUGCGCGCACCCGUGCCGGGAGACACCAGGCGCGCCGCGGGAUUGCGAGCGCGAGCUCGAGGUGGUUCCGCAGCCCGAAAGAGUCGCGGGGCCCGAGAGAGUCGCGGACGCCAAGAGACGCUGAGAGCGCCGAGAAAGUCGCGGGGCGGCCCGUGGCACGCGACCGGCGGCUUAUCUCGCACCCACGCACCGCGCGGGGCGCGGCGCCCGUGCACCCGGUACAAGCGCGGUGGGCGCGUGUCGCGGGGCACGGGGGCGCGGAAAGCACAGGGGUGCCUACCGGCCGGCGCGCCGUCGCUCGGCACGGGCCUCACUCGGCACGGCGGGCCCGCGCCGCUCACUCCGCACGGCGCCCUGGCGGCCCGCGUGAUCUUCGCCGCCUUGGCUUUUCCCUCCCGUCUUCGUCCCGUCCGGAACCCUUGA